CUCACGCCUCCAUCCCUAGCCAAUUAGUAACGAACAAUUGCUCGAUCGGCUCCACGUAAAUAAAGUUUAGAUCACAGCUUUGUUGAUUGCUUAUCGCGGUGGCAAAUAUAGUUAUUCGUUUAUGGCUGUAAACUUUCGAAACGGACGUGGACAUAGCCGCUACCUAGUGUUGGAGGAUACGGAGGAGCAAUGGGCAAGGAUCAGCAUUUGCUGGAGGCUUCGCGAGCCGGCGACAUCAAGACGGUGGACAAACUGCUGGAGCACUCGAGCAAACGACAUGGCCCGCUGUCCAGUUUUAGGCGAAGUCCCAGCAUCAACUGCCAGGACAUGAAUGGCUACACUUCGCUGCAUCACGCCUGUCUAAAUGGGCAUAGCAACAUUGUACGGCUACUACUCUCCCACAACGCGCUGUUGGAUGUGCCUGAUAUACGUGGCUCGACACCUUUAUUUCUGGCUGCCUGGGCUGGGCACCAGGACAUCGUCAAGAUGCUGUUGAUGCACUCGCCUACGGGAGCCAAUCCGAAUGCCCAGACUAUCGAAAACGAGACGCCGCUGCACUCAGGCGCCCAACAUGGCCACAAUGCCGUGGUGGCCAUUUUGCUGUCCUAUGGCGCCGAUCCUGCCAUACGCAACAAUAGCUUUCAAACGGCUCUGGAUUUGGCAGCGCAAUUCGGACGCCUUCAGGUGGUUCAGACCUUGCUCCGUGUUUAUCCCGACCUCAUAUUGCCGUAUAAGCGUUUGGAAGAUGACAAUGAAGAGCUGCUGGGCUGCAUGCCCAUAAAGCACAUAUUCACGCACACCUGCCUGCACCUGGCCAGCAGGAAUGGGCACAAGAAGGUGGUGGAAACACUGCUGGCGGCCGGCGUCGAUGUCAACAUACUCACCAACGCUGGAAGCGCUCUCCACGAGGCGGCUCUCUGUGGCAAAAAGUCCGUUGUGGUCACUCUGCUUAAGGCCGGUAUCUACGUACACGCCACCGAUGGAAACGGACGCACAGCCCUGGACAUACUCUCCGAUUAUCCGCCGCAUGUGACCUACGACAUUGUGGGCGCCAUAAACGAGUUCACCCAAGCGGCGAGGGAACAUCAGAAGCCACUUGUCGUAGAGAACGGCACACAAUCGCUGCCGAAGCGGCUGUACGAGAAGAACUCGCAACGACAGAAGGUGCCGCCCAGGCAGAGGAAGUAAGCCCAGCAACUCCAUGCACAGUGACACUGAAACACACACCCACAUCACUGCUGACCCUAAUUAACUUAGCCCGCAGCUCAUGUCAUUCGGAAAACGCACUCAUCCCCGCUCGCACUCGCACCCACUCUCAUGUCCACGCCCACUAGCCCUAGCACUCAUCAGAAUCAGAAUCAGCUUCAGAAUCGGUUGUGCGUCUCUUCAAUUAACUGGUCUGGUUUCGUUUGGUUUCUUUUCAAUAACCACAUACUCACCCCUCACCAUGUAGAAAGCAAGAUCAUCAAGCCAACGGACUUUCGCACUCUUUAAGCUCACUGGACAUUUUUGCCAAGCCGCCGGAGAAUUACCUGCAAAUGAAACCCAUCAUUCACCAGAAGUCCUGCGACAACAUGAGCGACUUUCGGACGAAUGGCAGCAAUCUGUUGACCAGCUAUAAGCCGGUGUACAAGCAACCCAUGCUGCCCAGCUUUCGGAUGGACAGCGACAUCUCCAAUGGAUCCGUACCCUCCAGAUCGUAUGAGUACAUAAAUCUACUAAGGAACGGGUCCCACAGCGAUGAUAACUCCGCCAGCACCAGUAGCAACUCUGCGGUGCGUCAACAAGCGGUGGCUACGUACGUGGAGAUGAAGCUGCCAACGCCGCCAGUUCCUAAACCACGCACUCGAAUAAACGGCGAAUACAACGACUAUGCGAAUGUGGUGCCAAUAGAAGAAGGCAGCUGCGUGGCAGCUGUUGAUAAUAACAAUAAUAGCAAUGGUAAUGGCACGAAAUUGCGAUUGGUUCGCCAUUCGCCCACGCCGGAUUAUCCACCACCCACAGUGACCGAAGCGGAACGCACGAUCUUCAACUUCAUGCAGCCGGCUACUUUGCGCAAAAACAGUUUGCUGGAACCGGCGGAAUCCCCUCGAACCACUAACUCAGUGAGCUCUGACCAGGUGGAGGAAUACGUUGCCGACAUACCCUUUGCUGGACUAUUCAAAGGAUCCACUUUGAACUUGUCCUCGGAUGUGGUGGAUGGCAUUGGUGCUGUGCCGGGAGAUAGGGAGUUUCUGCAAUCACCCAGCAUGGUGAGGUCGGCCCACGUCCAAAACCACAGACGCAGCCUGUCAAAGCAGCGAUACUCAGCGCUGGGCGAAGACUUCAGCGCGUCCCGAGUGUGGGCUGAAAUCGAUACCAUUUUUGAGAACAUUGGCAACGAAGUGUCCACAGUAGAGCAGGAAGUCGAGGAGUUUGUAGAAGAUCCUUCAAGCUUGUCCUUAGAAGAUUCUCGGCAGUCCCUACACAUACGAGAUCCCGCGGAAUUGCUAUUGGGCAGAAAACCGAGCGCAGCCUCCUCCAAUUGGUGCCACUCGCCAUACACAUUUAUCUAUGGCGAAAUUCGAUACUCUCUGUUUUAUCUUGGCUCAACGGUCAUUCGAAAACUGCAAGGAACCCUUUCCACUCGAAAAUCUAUCCAGAAACUGAAGAUUGAUGAGAACUUAAAGUCGGCGGCGAGCGUUAGUGAUUUCAGCUUGCUGGAAAACUGCACAACCUCCACAAAGUAUUUGAAGGCAGCCAACCAUCAGACACGACUCAAUGUGGACAUUGCUGUAUCCUGCGUUGGCGUCAAGUUCAUAGACCACGAUAAAAAGACUGCCAUCUGUUGCCAUGACAUUGAGAACAUAAAUUGUGUUUGCCAGGACUCGGAGGACUUGCGCUACUUUGCGUACAUAACCAAAGAACAGGACCUGCACUACUGUCACGUCUUUAUGGUGGAUAGCUUGGAACUGGCCAAGGAAAUCAUCAUGACGCUGGGACAGGCCUUCGAAGUUGCCUACCAGCUAGCUCUGAGCAGACAGGGCACGUCCCUCAACGAAGAGUGCUAAUUCUAAGCCAUGGAAGUGCCACAAUUGCCACCGAGCGUGGUUUUUUAUUAUUUAUUUCAUUGCAUUUCACACGUAAAGUUAUUUUUUUUACUCAUUUGCUAGUCGUUGAUGCCAUCUCGAUGCUGGCUUUGCUCCACAUAAGGCAGCUCACAUGUUAAGUAUUUUGAGAGUUUUUUAAUAAAUUUACAACAUUGCUUUU